UUUUAACUUUUAAGCUAAAAUCAUGUUUUUCCAAAGGAGGCGUUGGGUUUCUCUCUCCAAAACCCUAGGCUAGACCCUCAGCUCAGUCAAACUUGGAAUCCAAAAAGCGGGGUUUGCUUUGAACAUCUUCAAUGGCGACUGUACCAGUUAACCCUAAACCUUUCUUGAACAAUUUGACUGGGAAGAAGGUCAUCGUAAAGCUCAAGUGGGGAAUGGAAUACAAAGGUUUUCUUGUGUCAGUGGAUUCAUACAUGAACUUGCAGUUGGCCAACAGUGAAGAAUAUAUUGAGGGACAAUUUACUGGAAAUCUUGGAGAGAUUCUGAUCAGAUGUAACAAUGUUCUCUAUCUUCGUGGAGUACCUGAGGAUGAAGAAAUAGAAGAAGCUGAACAAGACUAGGAAAUGAAUUUCAGUGGUUGCCUGGUAACAUGGCCCUCGAAAUACAAUUCUGGUUUCUAUUUGGAAUUAAUAUAAUUUAGCCUUAGUAGUUUUUACGCUGCAUCUGUAUUAUUUCCAGAAGUAUUGUUAGUUGUUUUAAUGCACAUGCCAUUUCUGCUACAUACAUGAUGCUGAUGCACAAUGUUUCUCACUUGAGUUGAUGCUAUGUUCUGCUAAACUCUAUUUUAGGCACUAUCUUUGACUGCGCUUUACAAUUCAUUGAGGGUUACUUGGUUCUCCAUGGCACUGAAGCCAUUCUGUCACUCGUUGAUUUCAAGAAAUGGAAGAAUCCACAUGUUACUAUUGUUUGUUGAAA